CCAUGGGAGCAGAAGAGAAUGGACUGAAGGAAAAGAUCUAACAAACUUGCAAGCUCCCUUCCAAACCUUCGCUUGCAUCUCCCCCUUCUUUAAAAAAAAAAAAAAAAAAAAAAAAAAAAUGGGGAGGAGGAGUUGGAGGAGGGCUGGAAUUGGGGAGGCGGGGUGUCUUAGCCCCACCCUCUUUCCCUGAUCUGGCAGUUCUCCCGGGAGGUUUCUUAAGAACUGUCACCGGUGCCCCGCGCUCUCUCCUUGCUGGCCUCAGGGAUGACAAAAUGAAGCUCAGAGGGAUUGAAUGAGGCAUUAAAUUUCCAGAAACUGGGAAGAAAACUACUUCAGGUUCUACAGAUGCCAUGACUCAGCAGCCCCAGGAUGAGUUUGAUAGCAAUGUAGAGAGUGCCCAAGAGUGGAUGAAGGCUGUCCAGGAGCGACUACAGGUUAAUGACAACACUCAAGGCCCUCGAGCUGCCCUAGAAGCCAGACUAAGAGAAACAGAGCGAAUAUGUCACCUAGAACCAGAGGGGCAAAUGAAGAUGGACCUAGUCCUGAAGUCAGCAGACACUCUGCUUAGCUGUUGCAGUGAAGAACAGAAGCACAACAUCCUGACUAAGCUCAAGGACAUCAAAGCCCAGUGGGAAGAAACAGUUAUCUACAUUACUCACUGUCACAGCCGGAUUGAAUGGGUAUGGCUGCAUUGGAGUGAAUAUUUGCUGGCCCAGGAUGAAUUUUACCGGUGGUUCCAAAAAAUUAAGAUGACCUUGGAGACCAGAGUGGAGCUGCAGAUGGGACUAAAAGAAAAGCAGUGGCAACUUAGCCAUUCUCAAGUCCUGCUCAAUAACAUCCUGAACCAGUCCAUCCUCUUGGAUAGGCUGCUCGAGGAAGCGGCCUCCUUGUUCAACAGGAUAGGAGAUCCUAGUGUAGAUGAAGAAGUCCAGAAAAGAAUGAAGGGAGAAUAUGAAAAGAUAAAGGCCCAAGCCCAGGAAAGAGUCAGCCUACUUGAGAAGAUAACCAAAGAGCAUGAACAAUACAAGACAAAUGUGGACCAAUUUCACCUGUGGCUCAAUAAGUUGAUGGGAAAAGUGAAUACUUCUUUAGGAAGAAGAGGCAAAAUGUCUGCUAAGCACCAGUUCAAAAUUUUACAGAAUUUUGCUAAAGAUUUUCAGAAUGGUGAGAAGUCAUUAAAGAAUCUUGAGGAUCAGUCUGCUGGAGUUAUCCAGAACACCUCUCCUAUGGGAGGUGAGAAGAUUACUAAUGAGCUUGAGGAGUUGAGAAAAGCCCUGGAAAAACUGAAACUUUUUUGCAAGGAGGAAGAGGAGAGGAUCCUGAAGACACUGAAUUCAGAGGGAGCCUAUGAGACACAGGCCAGACAACUAGAAGCUGAGGUCAAAGAAUUCAGGAGGGAGCUACAAAGAUUAGCCAAGGACCUGGAACCUGGGGAAAAAGCAAAAGAUGAAGCAGAGUUGAUAGAACGCUGGAAAAUUUACUCUGUCACCAAAUCAGCUCUGGCAGCAGAAGAGCCUAAGGCUGAAAGAUUGAAGGCUCAACUUAAGGAACUUGUCCAGUUUAACCAUGAUUUCCAGCCCCUUUCAGACAGUGUUGUGAUUACCAUGCAAGAAUUCCAAAGGAUUAAAGAAAAUUCUUGUAAACUGAAAAACCGUUCUGGGACAGACCUGUGGCAGUAUUUUCAGCACCCAAUUCAAGAGUUCCAGCUGUGGAAAGCACUGACCCAGAAACUCUUGACUAUCACUGACAGCCUACCAGAUCUCCCAUCAAUACAUACCUUUUUGCCACAGAUUGAGGCAGCAUUGGCUGAAAGUUCACGCCUAAAGGAGCAACUGAUCAUGUUAAAACUGAAGAAGGAUUUGCUGAUCAGCAUCUUUGGUGAGGAAAGGGCAGAGACUUUCUUAGAAGAGGUGACCAAUACUAUCAGGGAGAGAGACCUGCUGCAUAACAAUCUCCUACAAAGAAAUAGCAAAUUGCAAAGUGCAAUAUCUCAGCACAAUGACUUUGAUACUGCAUUUGAACCACUGCAGAAGAGGUUAGCAGAUCUCCACAUCAGAGCAGAAGCAGAGAAGGAGUUUCAGCAAGACCUCCCUAGUAAGCAGGCUCAACUCCAGCGCUUGCAGCAAAUCCAGGAAGACUUGCAAGAACUUGACGUUCAAAUUGAAAACCUGAAACCCUUAGUUCAGGCAAAUACCAGCCAUCAGCAUAAAAUCAAUCAACUUUUAUCUGAUUAUCAGACCCUGAAAAGAUCUUUGGAGAUAACUAUGGAACAAAGCCAGAAGCAUGUUCAGGAACACUGGACCUUCAACCACAAACUGUGGGAGCUUCAGCAGUGGAUUGGGAUAGCCAGACAAAAGCUGGAAUCCUACCAAGGGAAUGAAGGCCAGAGGAAGGUGAAUAGCCAAUCUGUAGAAGAUAUUGAGAGGCUGGUGGCUGAAUUCCCUGAUAAAGAGGUACAAUUGCACUUGACUGAAGGUCAUGGUCAACUGGUUAUGGAGACAUCAUCUCUUGAGGGAGCAGCUCUUGUCCAAGGGGAAUUAAAGGAACUGAAGGAGUCUUGGAAGGCUCUGAAGUUACUUGAGGAAACAUUGAUGAGCUUCAUCAGGAAGUGGCAGCUAAAAAACAAGGAGUCAGAUCCAAGGAAGAAAUUGAUUAUUUCCAACAAUAUUCCAAAGCAUGGGUUUCUUAUAAAUUCUGUGGAUUCUGUUCCUAGGCACCAGGGUAAGGGAAGUCCGUCCAAAGAAGAAGAAAGUAAUGAUGAUUUCUCCAAAUUCCUGAACGACUUUGAACAUUGGUUGCAGGUGGAAAAUACCAAGCUGGUAAACAUAAUUGCCAUGAAAAAUUCCACUGCUAAGGAUUCUGAAAUAAGAAAAGGCAAACUGAAGGAGCUACAAGAUAGGCUUCCAGAAGGUCAGCAUCUUUUUGAAAAUCUUCUUUCUCUCCGAACAAAGAAUGGGACCUGUGAAAACUUGGAGGAUCUCCGCUACCGUUGGAUGCUCUACAAAUCCAAACUCAAAGACUCCAGAAAUUUGCUAGAGGCUCACAGUCCUCUUGGGAAACCAAUGGGAUUCAGAAAGAGUCGUCCAGAAGGGAUAUGUGCCUUCCUCCAUCGAGUGUGCUGUGUAGCCCUACCCCUUCAGCUCUUGCUGCUGUCCCUGCUUUUGUUUCUGUUGCUACUGCCCCUAGGACAAGAGAGAUGGAGUUGCACCUUUUCCAACAACUUUGCCCGUUCCUUCAAGCUGAUGCUCCGCCAUGAGGGGCCCCCACCAACUUAGUGAGCACCCCAAACCAGGAGACAUCAGGCUUGUGGCUCCAACGCCAGGCUUUUUCUCAAGGACAUGGCACUAACUGGAAUUGUGGUCAGAACCCAUCAGCAAAACCUUAAUCUGUAUUAGCCCAGCAUCAAUGUAACUAAAGUUAAGUUAAUUUUUAUACAAUAUUAUAUGACUAUAUUUAUAACAUAUAUGUUUGUAUGUGUUGAUAGUGAACAAGAUAGGUUAUAUACAUGUGAUAGAUACUCUACAUGUAUAUAUAAUACAUAAUUGCUGUAUGUUAAUGGAAAAAAAUUUUAACCAGCUUCUCAGAUACCAUUCUACAGUGUUGUUUUGUUUUGUUUUUUGUUAGCCAUGAAGAACAAAUAGAGUAACAUCUCAUUUAUCUGGAAAUCAAUUCUCUACUAUCUGAACUCAAAAGUCGGAAGGAAACUAAAAAGAAAAGUUUCCGAACAGCUUAAAUAGAUAUGUGCACUAAAUUCAUACGUUUUAUGUAUUAGCUCCUCUAGCCCUCAUUUGGAGCUUACUUAUUCUUACUUUUUACAAAAUUCUAACUAGUCAUUAAAACACUCUAAAAUGUGGAUUAGUAUUUCUGUUAACAUACUUAUUAUCUGGUUUCUCAGACCAUGCCAGAUUAGAAGCAGAAAGUUACUAUCAUCCUCUUCAAUGGUAUUUUAUGUUUUACAAAAUGCUUUCUUUCCUAUAGUCCUCCGACACAGGUAGUUUAAACAUUAUAGGAUUAUACUCUAGAGCUAGAAGGGACCAUAAAGGUCAUUUCUUCCAGCCCUUUCAUUUUUACUGAUAUAGUAACUGGGCCAUAGAAAUAGAGUGUUUUUUCCAGGGUGAAACAGGUUACAAGUCUGGGCUUAAACUCAGGUAUUCUGGCACUAAGUCCAUUGCUCUUUUCAAGGGGAGAAAGGCUUAAGUAUGCUUUUAGAAAGCUCAGAGCCUGUGACCAUUUCAGGUAAGCACUAAGAUUCCUGAGUAUUUUCAGAACUGUUGAAAUUUUCUUAGAAAACCCAGGCUAUUUUUUUUUAAACAAUUUAUGUUAAUUCUCUGGUUCCUGAGCCUAAGAGGCAGGUUGGGGGAAUGAGUAGAAAGCUGACCAAGUUGGGAAGAAUUGAAUUCAAACCUUGUCUCUUCAUAAUCCUGAGAAAAUUACUUAACUUUUUAGUAUCCUAGGCAGCUUUUGAUGACACUUAAAUUGCAAAGCCAAUAUAAUUCUUCAUUGGAAAGAAAUUUUCACAUGAGUUCUCUCUAUCAGGGAAUCAAAGUUCUAAUUUUUUUAAAUCUCUAUUGAAGGUGUCAAGGAGAUAUAAUGCAUUUUAGGAAUGUAAGUUUUCAACUAAAAAUGGUUAAGGUAAUCAUAGUUAAGAUGCUUAAAAGAAGAAACCAGUUAUCCAGAAAAUUCACUGAAGUAGGAUUGUUCCUUCCCCAAUCACUGCAAAGGAUAGCCCAUAAAAGUAAGUGCUGAAAGGGACCAGAUAAACCAGAUAUUACUAUAUUUACCUAAUGGCCAAUUUUGUAUUGUACUAGAUAAAUAAGGCAUUAUGUAUUUACCUUAUAGCUAAUUUUGUAUUGUUUACAAAUUCAAGUGAAAGGAAUGAAUAAGAGCAAAGUUUGGAACCUGUGUCAAAAGUGCAGUAUAAAAAUAAGGCAAUAUACCCCCAAAAUGGGGUGACCCUAUUGUGGAGCUUCCAUUGCUCUUCAUGCCUGUUUUCCCAGUUUGGCACACCCA